CGUUUAAGAAUGGCGGUUGUGACUGCUCCUCCAUCGGCACAUGAAAUAAUCCAAGUAGUGAACGAAUCAAAUUUGAAUAAAAUCGAAAGCUUUCUAAACGACACAGCCUACAGGGAAGCCAUCGAGAACUCGUCUAAUUACAAUAGUCGACUAUGCAGAGAACGCAGGCUGCGAAUGCCCUUCCUCGAUUCGCAAACGGGAGUGGCACAAAAUCACUCGGCCCUCUUCAUGUCAGCACGAGAACGAUUACCAGGAUUAUUGCAUGGUCAAAUUUAUACAUAUCCGAGCAAGAGAUGGCGCAAGAAACGGAGACAGUAUUUAAUGCACUAUCUACAUCCAAAACGAACAGGAAGAGGUGAUACAGAAGAUGGGAUAGAAGGUACAGAAGGUAUUGUACCAGGUGUUAAUGAUGAUAGCAAAGACUCAUCAGCGCUUAAAGGUAAUAUUUCCAUUAAAGAUGAACACAGUAAAGAUGCAUGGUACUAUGAUGAACAAGACAUGCUAGACAUGGAUGCCUUUGAAGAACCUGACCCUGAUAGUGAUUACGACUAUGAGGAGAGUUACAGCAGUAAAAGGAAACGAAGAAGAACUCGAGGCGGUGCACAUCAUCCUAACAGGAGUCAUCCCCCAUCUACCGAUAGUCCAGGAAGUAAACGUGCCAAGGGAGGGGGCCGUGGUCGCAAAAAAGCCAACUACGAUGCUGUUGACUCGGAUAAGCCAUUCGUUUGUGACCUAUGCAGCGCACGGUAUAAAACCAGACCCGGUUUGAUCUACCAUUACGGUCAUUCCCACUCUGCUUCCUCUGGUGAUCCUGCUAAGGAACUAAAUCCCAGUCCUGCCGAAGUUGAAUCUCGGAGCACUGCAGACGCCGCUGCUUCGGACCAGUCAGGUGGUACGCGUCGGGGUCGACAGAACACUGCCUCCUCGAGUACCUCGACCCCCUCUCCCGCGGCCCCGACCGCCCCCGCGGCGGGGGCGCCGCCUCCGCAGACGUCGCCGGUGCCGCAGCAGCAGCCACCGCCCCCGGUCGCGGCGAACACCACCGCAGCCUCCGCCACCUCAACAGCCGCCACCAGCACCGUCGCUGCUGCCGCCGCCGCCACUGCUGCCGCUACUGCCGCCGCCGCCGCCGCUGCCGUGGCCGCCGUGGCCGCGGCCACCUCCUCCUCCUCCUCCGCGCCAACGUCGCCUGUCCCCACCCCCAAGGAGGACCACUCGCCGGCGGUCGCCUCCCCUGGAGCGGUCCCUUCGCCGUCCUCGGGGAAGGCUGAGGGCGGCCCCCCGACCCCCGGGGGGAAUGAGAAGAAGCUUGGCAAGGCCGCUCAGCCUUCGCCCUAUUGCGACUUCUGUUUGGGCGACGCUCGGGAGAAUAAAAAGACCGGCGGCUCCGAAGAGUUGGUCUCCUGCAGCGACUGUGGCCGCUCAGGACACCCAACUUGUUUGCAAUUCACUGCAAACAUGAUCGUUUCUGUGCGCAAGUACAGGUGGCAGUGUAUCGAGUGCAAAUGCUGCUCCAUAUGCGGCACCUCUGAUAACGACGAUCAGCUGCUGUUCUGUGACGACUGUGAUCGUGGCUACCACAUGUAUUGUCUGUCUCCACCCCUCGCAUCUCCUCCGGAGGGCUCCUGGUCGUGUCGCCUCUGCAUAGCGGAAUUCCAUCGGCGUGAUUAAACCUGAAUUUAAGGCGGAUUUUACCUAUUGCUAUGGAGUAACAGCUGUUUUUGAUUUAGGAGAGUAUUACUUUGCUUUUACAUUUUUUUCCUUUUUUUUAUCCAAUCGGAUUCUACUAUUACUUAUAUCAUUUACGAAGCUAAUCUCUGGGAACGUGACAUUUGAAACUCGUAGAACUGAUAUUAGCGAGUAUCACGGCAGAUUCGGUUGAUUUUACGUAAAGUACCUUGAAAACGACAAUGUUGAUCUAACGAUUGUAUACUUGCGUCCGAAAAUGUUCUCAUGCGUUAUUCGAUACAUUCGGGAUAAACGGUUUCUACAUAGACUUAAUCUCGGUGCCAUAGCAGCGGUGAUAUGGGUCUAGCUGUGCACGACGAUCUCCUCUGUAAGAUGCCCACCUUGGACAAAAAGAAACAAUGUUCACCUAGUUCAGUGAACUUUGUGGUGAAUACUUUCAACACCAUUCACGUCCACAGUUUAACAAAUGCUACAAUAUACUGACGUCUGGAUCUUAGCGGUUCAUAUUUUCGGGCAGAAUCUUCAAUAACUGUAUCCUACUAUUGUAUCACAGAGUUGUGGAGCUGUGAUCGGAAACGAAUUCACUAAUUACAGUUCUAAAAUUCUACGCGAUUGUCAUUGUAGAUAAUGCUUCGAUCCCUCACUACAAAACGAAACAGACUGAGUUCUGCAGAAAAUAUUACGAUAAGAUGAUUUGACAUUUUAAAAGAAGACAUAUUUACUAUCUCGUAAUAACAAUAGUUAGAAUGUUGUCUGUUUCUCUGUAUGUACCAUGAUACUCAAGCUUUUACACUUAAUGACAUAGCUACUGGUAGCAGACUAGGUACGAUACACCAACUAUUGCGAUAUUGCAGACAAAUUGUGUACCACCGUUUAAUAACUUUCGUUGUUUAACUCAGUAUUUUCGUACAUUAUAUAUGAAGUGUACUUAAUUUAAGAUCCUAUGGUGUAUUUGGUACCUACAACUGUAAAAGUAAUCGUUUUUUUUUUCGAAUCCUCGUAUUCGAAAUAAAACUGCCUAAUUUCACGUAGUUGUACAUUAAGAGUCAGAAUGAAUCAGUCACAUUAAGCAGUUAAUUUACUUUAUUUUUACACGUCCUUGAAAUAAUUUUUAUAUUGCUUAUUUUAACCGUAAUGUAUCCCAAGACAAAUAAACAUUACUUUAUAAAA